CAACUCAACACUUCUUUGAAGAGAGAAAAAAAAAACAGAGAAAGAGAAAGAGAAAUGGCAGGAGCUUUGAUUGGGGAGGCUUUUCUCUCUGCUUCCAUCCGGACGCUGUGCGACAAGAUUUCUUCUGGGAUGUUGAUGGACUUCUUCCGACGGAAAAAACUUGACCAUUCACUCUUGGAGAAACUGAAGCUGACUUUUCUGGCCCUUGACGCAGUGCUUGAUGAUGCAGAGGAUAAGCAGAUUGAGAAACCUCGUGUGAAAAAGUGGCUUGACGAGCUCAAACAUGCCGUCUUCGAUGCUGAGGACCUGCUGGCUGAGAUCGAUGCUGAAGCUUUGCAAAGCAAGGUGGAAGCUGAGGAAUAUCAAACCAAAAUGACGUCCCAGGUGUGGAACUUCUUCUCUACUUCUCUUAAUCCUUUUUAUCAAGGCAUGAAUGGUAAGAUACAAGAGUUGUUUCAAACGGUGGAACACAUUGGGAAACAAAAAGAUCUCCUUGGUCUUAUAGGAGGAGGCGUUAAGGAGAAGGUUUCUCAAAGAACCACAACAUCCCUGGUUGAGCGUGAAUUUAGUGCUUGUGGUAGGAAGAGAGAUAAAAAGAAGUUGAAAAGAAUGUUGCUAUUUGAUGAUGCAAGUAGCAGCCACAUAUCAGUAAUCCCAAUAGUGGGUAUGGGCGGGGUUGGUAAGACAACCCUUGCUCAGCUCCUUUACAAUGAUAAAAAUAUAAAAGAGCAUUUUGAUGUUACAGCUUGGGCCUGUGUUUCCGAAGAUUUUGACGCUAUGAGGGUAACUAAAACUCUUAUUGAAUCAAUUAUCUCAAAACCUUGCAGUCUUCAAGAUAGCUUGCUUCAAGUUGAACUUAGGGAACAAGUGAGGGAGAAAAAGUUCCUAUUUGUGUUGGAUGACCUUUGGAAUGACAACUAUAGUGAUUGGGAUCUUGUAAGGACUCCUUUUACUUAUGGGGAGAGGGGAAGUAAGGUGAUAGUGACAACAAGGAACAAAAGUGUCGCAUCCAUUGUGCAUACCGGUCCUAUUCACUAUUUGAAACAUUUGUCGCAUAAAGAUUGUUGGUUGUUACUCAGAAAACAUGCAUUUAGAAAUGAAAAUCCUAGUGCGCAUCCACACUUGGAAGAAAUUGGUAAGCAAAUUGCACGCAAGUGCAAUGGUCUUCCCUUAGCUGCAAAAGCACUUGGGGGUCUCUUAGGUUGUAAUGUAGGUUACAGGGAGUGGAGUCACAUAUUGAAUAGCAAUCUUUGGGAGACAUUGCAUACUGAUAAAAAUGUUCUUCCAUCUCUAAGAUUGAGUUAUCAUUAUCUCCCUACUUAUUUAAAACAAUGUUUUGCUUAUCUCUCAAUUUUCCCAAAGGACUAUGAAUUUGAAAAGGAAAAUAUAAUUCAACUUUGGAUGGCACUGAGUUUAAUUCCACAAGAUGAGAGUGGUAAAGGAUUGGAAGAGCUCGGUGAGAUAUACUUUGAUGAACUAUUGUCACGAUCACUACUUCAAAGAUCAUGGAAACCAUCAAGUUUCACAAUGCAUGAUCUCAUUAAUGACUUGGCUAUGUAUGUGUCUGGAGAAUUUUGUUUUAGGUUGGAUGAGGGAGAGUCGCAUGAAGUUCCUAAAAGAGUUCGGCAUUUGUCAUAUAUGAGAGGAAGAUUUGAUACUGCUGCAAAACUUAGGUCAUUGGAUGAAAUUAAGUGUUUGCGCACCUUAUUUCCUAUGUCUUUAAGACCGUCUUGGAAGAGGGAGAGCCUAUAUGUAAGCAUAAAGGUUCUAGAAGAUUUAUUACCAAAACUAAAAUGUUUACGGGUGUUGUCGCUGUCAAGAUAUGAAAAUAUCACUCAAUUACCUGAUUACAUUGGUAAACACUUAAACUUGCACUACAUUGAUCUCUCUCACACUGCAGUUAAAAAGUUACCAGAUACGAUGUGUACUCUCUACAAUUUGCAAACUCUAUUGUUGGUCGGUUGUUCCUCUCUUGUUGAAUUGCCUGCAGACAUGAGGAAAUUGAUUAAUUUGCGUCAUCUUGAUAUUAGUGGAACUUGUAUAAAAGAGAUGCCGGUGCAAAUGGGUAGGCUAAAAAGUUUGAGAACAUUGACUGCUUUUGUGUUGGGGGAAUCUACUAGGUCGGGUGGCAUUGGUGAACUGGGGCAAUUGUCGAACCUUCGAGGAAAACUCUCUAUCUUGAAUCUACAAAAUGUCGUCAAUCCUAUAGAUGCCUUGGGGGCCAAUUUGAAGGAUAAGAAAGAUCUCAACGAAGUAGAGUUGGCAUGGGGUCAUGAGGAAGCAGAUGAUUCCAUAAAAGAGAGACACGUACUUGAAAGCCUACAGCCUUCUGUGAAUCUCGUGAAGCUGACCAUCAGAUUUUAUGGUGGAACCAGCUUUCCGGAUUGGUUGGGAGACUCUUCCUUCUCCAACAUACAAGUCAUGCGUCUUAGUGAUUGUAGUACUUGCUUCUCAUUGCCACCAGUUGGGCGGUUACCCGCUCUAAGAGAGCUCUAUAUAGAAAGGAUGAAAACUAUUGUGAGUAUUGGUGUUGAGUUCUACGGGGGUAAUGGAGCUUCUCUAAGUCAACCAUUUCAAUCUCUCGAGAGGCUAGGGUUCAAAGAGAUGCCGGAGUGGGAGGAAUGGCUGUCGAGUCCAGGUAGAGGUCAAUCUCCAGACUUUCCUCGUCUUGAGCUGCUCAUUUUAGUGAAUUGUCCGAAGCUGAAGGGAAACUUGCCCGAUCAUCUUCCUUCAUUGAGACAGCUUUGGGUGUCAGACUGCGGGGUUCUACAUGAAAGGGCUACCAGAACAAGAUGGAUACCUUGGUCUCUCAUCGUCAACACGGAGUCCUUGCGACAAUCUCUUGAACACCUGAACAUAGUUAGAUGCCCAGGUCUAUCGUCGUUACUAGAGACGGAGUCGCUGUGCUUGCUUUGGACGCUUGAGGUUCAAAUUUUUAGUAGCACAGAUUGCUUGCAGCCGCACUUGAGCGGUUGUCUUCGAGAGUUGAGUCUCGUUAACUGCGCGUCACUCUUGUCGUUCCCGAGAAACGGUCUACCCACUUCUUUGACACAUCUUCGAAUAGAAAAUUGCAGGAGAUUAGAAUUCCUAUCUCAUGAGAUGAUGGCCAAAUUGACAUCCCUUCGACAUUUGAAAUUGAGGGACAGCUGUGAUUCACUGAGGUCCUUCCCGCUGGGCGUUUUCCCCAAACUUUCAUUUCUUCUGAUCUGGGGCAGUAAAAAUCUAGAAUCCCUUGCCAUUGGAGAAGGAGCUGAUGACGAAAAUCUCACUCAUCUCGACUAUCUCCUUAUCUAUUUCUGUCCAAAUCUGGUCUCUUUUCCCCACGGGGGAUUGCCCACUCCCAAACUGUCUCAUUUUGCAGUCUUGAGAUGCAAGAAUUUAAAGUUAUUGCCCGACCGAAUACACACCCUCACCGCCCUUCAAGAGUUGCAGAUAUCCGGUCUUCCAAAUGUUGAGUCAUUUGCAGAAGGGGGUUUGCCUCCCAACCUACAAUUAUUUCGAAUCAGUGGUUGUGAGAAACUGAGGCCUUCAGUGGAGUACUGGGGUUUGCAACGACUUGUCUCCCUUCGAACAUUUCGGAUCUCAAGCCGCAAGGAUCUGUUGAAGACGGUGCUCAAGGAACAGCUGCUCCCUAACACUCUUCACACUCUCGCAAUCUGUGGAACGAGUCUGAAAUCUCUGAAGGGAAAGGGAUUUCAACACCUCACUUGUCUUCAAGAGCUCGAAAUUAAGGGGUGUCGUAGUCUCGAAUUCCUGCCAAAAGAGGGUUUGCCGGCAUCGCUCUCUUUUCUGAGCAUCCAAAACUGUUCUUCCCUGAAGAAGAGGUGUCAGAAGAAGACUGGACAAGAGUGGAGCAAGAUAGCUCACAUUCCUCUCAUCAAGAUAGAUGAUCAAUUCAUCAUUUGAGGCCUCAAGUCAAAGUCAGGACAAUAUCAUCCAAGGGCAACAUGUGUUUGCGUACAUAAAUUACUAGUUGUCGAAUCGUGCCAUGGCUGUCUGUCAGGAAUAUGAUUCUCCUGCAUGGGCGAUGAGGUAUCUUUCUGAGACAAGGUAUGAAAAAGGAAUGCGCUUAAGUUGACAUCUGCCUUCAAUAUUGAUGAGAAGAAACAAGCAACUUUUUGAUUUGAUGAUGAAUGGAAAUGGGCGAAAGCACGUGAAGAUAGCAAACUGUUGAACUGUAAAGAUUGGAUUAUCAAAGGCCAACGAUUUUAAUGCCCAUCUAUUAGUUGUCCAUGAAUGGUUCUCCUGCAGUGUGGCAUGAAUGUGAUUCUCCUUUCAAUUGGAUAGACUUUUUGUACAAACACAGCUGUUGGAGUGAGAACGGGUGACGAUGACCACAAAACAAAAAUGAGAGCCAGGUUUCUUUGGAGCACUGCCCUCAUGCUUCUGCUUGUUGGAAAUCAGUACAUUAUGUUACUUGAGCAGGAAGAGCUGAUGGAAAUUUGUUAUGGCAGCAGAGAUGGUGGUGCUGCUAUGAGCAAUAAGGAUGUCAAUGGCAAGGCAGUGAGAAAGCAUCGUAAAGUCAAGGAGUGGGCCAGGAAUAUUGAGACUUAAGUGGUUGAAUUUGGCAGCAGAGAUGGUGGUGCUGUUGAUUAUAGUUAUUUCUUUGUGAAUGCAUCUUGAUAUUGUUGUUGGUUGGUUUUAGUUCUGUUUAAGAGGGCUUAUGGUCUCGUGUGUUGGCGGGCAUAUCUGUGUUGAUUCACCUAGCAAACAAGGGAAGGAGACCACCCUUGAUCAGAGCGAAUCUGUGAAUUACUUCAAUCCAGGAAAGCAGGACGAGUUGAUGGAAACUUGUAAUGCAGCAGAGAUGGUGCUGCUGCUGUGGAUGAGAAUGAUGCCAAGGGCAAGGCUGCAAGAGGGUGUCACAGGGUCAAGGAACACCGCGUUGAGACCAGAGAGGUUGAUCUUGAGCUUCCCCUACCUCAGGGCACCAUUAGCUGCCGAGGAUGUGGGAAAUAUUUUGAAAUUCUGUGAAACUUUUAGAGAGGUCUCUAGAGCAAGCAAGAACCAACUGCUCAUGGUUCCGAGAUUUGGAGAACCUGAUCUGCGUCCAGGGUCGCUAAGGUUGAAGGAGCUGCCUGCAGGGUGUUUUAGUGGAGGCGGGGAUGGAUAUGAUGCCUUAAGCUUUUAAAUUUCCUCUGUGAUGAGGCUCUUAACACAAAGACACUGAGGGGAUGGAUUGGGGAGCAAAAUGAAAGAUUGGCCAACGUAAAGAGGACUCGAUAGCACAAAUUUCAUAUCAGAGUUUGGGGAUCGAUAAUAUGAAGUUAUUGCCCAAACAUAUGCACACCUGCACCACCCUUCAAAAAUUGAGCACCUGGGAUCUUCCAAAUCUUGUGUCAUUUGGUGAAAGGGGUUUGCCUCCCAACCUACAAACAUUUCAUAACUGAGAUUGUGAGAAACUGAGGCCUUCAGUGGAGAAAUGGGGUUUGCAACGACUUGUCUCCCUUCGAAGAUUUCAGAUCAGCAGCAAGGAUGUGUUGAAGACGUUGCUCAAGGAACAGCUGCUUCUUACCGCUCUUCACACUCUUGCAAUCUCUUAUCUAUCAAGUCUGAAAUCUUUGGACAGAAAUGGACUUCAACACCUCACUUCUCUUCAAAAGCUAUAUAUUGGAAGGUGCGAUAGUCUCGACUUCCUGCCAAAACAGGGUUUUCUGGCAUCUAUUUCUUUCCUGAACAUCACCAGAUGCCCCUCUGUGAAGAAGAGGUAUGAGAACAAGAAGGGAAAAGAAUGGAGAAAGAUAGCUCAUAUUCCUUGCAUGAGAUAGAUGACGAAGUCAUCAUGAUAUGAUCUCUCUCUCUCUCUCUCUCACCAAAACUUUUGCUUCUCAUUUCACUCUCAACUCUCUAAAAUCAGAAGAAUGUGAUGGGAAUGACUUAUUUAUGUGCGUUCUGUGGAAAUGGAAAGACAUGAUUAUCUGAGGAAACCAAAAUUACGACAAGUUUUAGUCCUUGAAUGCCACUCGGUGGCUCUGCCUCUGCCCAUCCGGCAUGAAUAUGAUUCUCCUGCAUCGGAAAAGGACAAUAUCAUCCAAAAGCAACACGUGUUUGCUUAAAUGAAUUACUAGUCGUCAAAUCGGGCUAUGGCUAUCUGUCUUCAUGAAUAUGAUUCUCCUGCAUGGGCGAUGAGGUAUCUUUCUGAGACAAGGUAUGAAAAAGGAACACGCUCGAGUUGACAUUUGCAUUCAAUAUCAAUGAGAAGAAACAAACAUUUUUUCGAUUUGACGAUGAACGGAAGCGAGCGAAACCACGUGAAGAUAGCAAACUGUGGAACUGUAAAGAUUGGAUUAUCCAAGGCCAGUGAUUGUAACGUCCAUCAAUUAGCUGUCCAUGAAUGGUUGUCCUGCAGUGUGGCAUGAAUAUAAUUCUCCUUCAAUUGGAUAGAUAUGUUUUUAUACAUACACAGCUCUGUUGAAGUGAGAACGGGUGAUGAUGACCACAGAACAAAAUGAGAGCCAGGUUUCUAUGGAGCACCACCCUCAUGCUUGCCCUCGUUGGAAUUCUGUCCAUUAUGUUACUAGAACAGUAUUCAUACAUGUUGAACUGGGGUAUGAAAAAGAAAAGCACUUGUGUUGGCGUCCUAUCGAAACAGAUAUGAGAAGAAACAGGAUUUUCACAUCUUGAUGUGGAAAUGAAGUGGGAGAACGCAUUGAUCUGAAGCCUAUGAAGCAAUCCAAAGGAACUGAGAGAUUACAGCAUUUUGCUAUAUCAUUGGGGAUGUUAUGAGCUAUCCCUUGAGUUAUAUUAGGACAAAAAGUAUGUUCAAGCCGAAGAAACAAGGGGAGAUGGAUGUCGAAAGCAAGGAUGGUUUGCCGCAAAAAAUGUAUGGAUUCAAACAAGGUUUUAGUGACGUUCAAGCAGGUUUAUGCCCUCGAGUUUUGAUAGGUAACCGGUGUUGGUUCACCAAGAAAACGAGGGAAGGAGAAGUCUCUUGGUGGAAGCAAAGAUAUGUACUUGGAUGCAUCUCCGAAUCUGAAUCUGAAUCUGUUCUUCUUGUUUGUUUUUA